UAACAUUUGCUUGGAAACACCCGACCUGUUUCCUAAAAGUAUCACAGUCCACAAACAGUCCUUUGUAAACAGAUUUUGCAACUCCCAUAAUGUCCCCGCCCCGAAUUCCUGUUCGCCUGUGAAGGGGCGACAUUUCUCAAGGAAGCUGAGAGGAAAGUUCCGACAACACUGGCGACAGACCCGCAACUUAUACCCAACUUUGCGCUGACAACGCAAGAUUCUCUCCGAAUCGCGACCUGACGGGUGUUUUUACGGAUAGGCUGACAAAUAUUCGUUUGUGGAGUCGUUGAAGCGAAGCCGCGCGCGACGGUUUACUACAGACGCAGAUCGAGGCAUGGAAAUAAUGGAUAGCGGGGAACCGUUUUUACAAUGGGACAAAAAUCUCAGCGAAUUGUCCGAACCCGGAGAUAACGACAUUUUAUACAGCACUCACUUCACAGAGUUGCUGGAUGAUCUGUCCCAAGAGGCUUUGCUGGGUCAGUUGUUAAGCGACCCGUUCCUGUCGGGCCGUGGAGAUGCUAUGGACACAGAGGAGGAUCUGACCCCUGCGUCUCCGGUGCCGCCGCACAUUCAAGCUGAGCACAGUUACUCUCUGUGCGGAGACUCACGGCCGCAGUCACCCCUGUCUCAUCUGCCCGGGGAGCCCGGCAGCGACGCCGGUGACUCGGACAAUGAGGAGUGGCCCAUGGAGCAGGAGGACAAAGGGCUGAAGAUGGAGCCUCUGCUGUGUGACCCGUCGCCCGUCCUGCUGCCCACCCUGACCCUCAUUCUGACCCCCGAAGGUCCUGCGUCUGAGCCCGUGACUGACUCCUCGCUGAGCCCCCAGGCCGCUCAGGUGGAGGAGGACAGAGAGAACCUCAGCCCUCAGAUUAAACUGGAGCCGCACGAGGUGGAUCAGUUCUUAAACCUCUCACCCAAAGGCCUGGAGUCUCUGCAGAUGCCGCCCACUCCUCCCAGCUCUCACGGCAGUGACUCGGAGGGCAGUCAGAGUCCCGUUCACCCCUGCGCUCCCUCCAGCCCCACACAGACCCCCGCGGCCCUCAAGGUGGCGCCGAGAGCCUCGUCUUCCCUCUCCAGCUCUCCUCUUCUGACCGCUCCUCAUAAGCUGCAGGGCUCUGGUCCUCUGCUGCUGACGGAGGAGGAGAAGCGCACGCUCAUCGCUGAGGGAUAUCCCGUGCCCACCAAACUGCCUCUGUCCAAAGCCGAGGAGAAAGCACUGAAGAAGAUCCGCAGAAAGAUCAAGAACAAGAUUUCAGCACAGGAGAGCCGCAGGAAAAAGAAAGAGUACAUGGAUGCUUUGGAGAAGAAGGUGGAGACCUGCUCCAACGAGAACAGUGAGUUACGCAGGAAAGUUGAAACACUGGAGUGCACCAACAAGUCUUUGCUGCAGCAGCUGCACUCGCUCCAGGCGGCGGUGGCAGGAAAGGUCCCCCGGUCCUGCAGAGUGACGGGCACCCAGACCUCCACGUGCCUCAUGGUGGUGGUCCUGUGUUUCUCCGUGUUCUUGGGGAGUUUCUACCAAGGCCUGAGUCCCUGCUCCUCCAUCACCAAAACAGACCUGAGCAGAGAGAUCUCCAUACAGGACUCGUACACCACCACAGUGAGGUCCCGGAACCUGUUGUCCAUUCCGGAGCACGGGGGUCUGGACGAGCCUCAUCCCGUCGGGCUGGGCGGGGAAUAUCCUGAAUGGGACCGUCAGGCCGACGUAAUGGCAGCCUGGCGUUUAGAGCAGCAGCACAACCAGGAGCAGGCGGAGCUUCGUCAAGCGGAGCCCCGCCCACUCAUACUAAACACCAACGAAACACGAGCGCAGAAGGCCAUUCUCAUAGACCUGCACUCGCACAGGUCAGAGCAGUGGUCAAACGAGACGGCUAAAGUCAUACAGCUGGAGAGGACCGUCAACGAAACAUCCUGAGAUCACUGCAGCGACGGCCCAUGGGCUUCAUAUUUAUAGUAUUGUUUUACUUAGAUGUCCUUUUUUUAAAAUAAACAAAAACUCAAAAAUGUAUUUUUAUUCCAUUCCAACAGUAUAUCAAAUUUUGAUACUCGUGUAUGCUAUUUUCUUUUUUUUUUAUAUGCUUUGAAUUUUGUUUUCCAUAUUCCUUCUUUUCCUUUUUUCACCUAUUUGCCCCGUGCUACUGAGAAAAUGUGUAGUAAUAUAUUGAAUUUGCAUCCGUUUUCGUGACAACGACCGUAGCAUGUCAAUCAGAACACGGCACCAAAGAGUCAAAAGAUAGUGCAAAGGUUCAAACUUUAUUACGAUUAAAGACUAAAAGCUCCGUUUACAGUUUGACGAUGACGAGUUUCCAAAGCAUUUGUAAUGAAUAUGUAAAUAUUUGCAGGAUCCUGUAUUGUAAGUGUGUUGGGAGAGAUAUGAAUUGAUGAGACGUUUGUGGUGGAGGGCGACAAAAUCGGGACGAUACGGACUUGACAUGAAAAGGACGGAUGCUCUCCGUCCCUGAAGUCCCUCAUAUGACGUCGCCCUCUUUAUUAAGGACAGAUGGCCCUUUUUGUCCUCAUCUGGCCACCAUCCAGCCCCCGUCUGCGCUCUUGAGGGAGUAAAAGACGCUCGCUGACAAGUCUAGCGUUCUCUUGCUCUGAUAUGAACGGUUGUGACGACCCGAGUCCCGAGCGAUCUGUGGACUCUCUUGCACUGCUUCCUCGUAGAAUUGAUCUGUUAUUUAUUAUUUUUAGCAUGCCUGUCAUCCUUUUAUCCUGGAAACAAGAGCAUUUUGAAGGAGAUUCGAAGGAGGAGGUUUUGUCCCGAUGCUAUGCAUUCAGAUGCCAACGUUGGUCGCGCAGCAUCCGUGUCGGAAAUGUUAUGUGUUUGGCAUAACGUCUUACCUAUGUUAGACUUUCAUUGCAUCACAGGGUCUACCUGAAAUCACUCUGCCUUGUUUUUUUCUGCAAGCAAAUAAAUAUUUUCCUUAGUAAAAGCAUUGCAAA